CACGCGAGAGGCGUAAGGUAUUUCUCGAUUUGUUCCGGUACGAGAUAUCCUCCGUUAUGACCCACCUACGAAUUCACCAUAUGCCGUAAUAAGACGAAGCGCACACAUUCGGAGCGCCGAACCCGGUGUAGGAGUCGUUGUGGGUGCUGGAAUCGACGUGGUAGUCCGGAGGAUCGGACUUGAGUCAGUGGAGACAGUCAGCAAACCCAUCGGAGGGUCGGAUAUCAGUGGAUGGUGGUAGGAUGGCCGACACGCCGGCGGAAACAACGGCGAGCACCGACACUGGUAUCCGCGACGAUGCCCCUGCAGCGACAUCCGCCCCGACACCUUCGUCAAACAUUUCACAACCCUCCCCAUCUAGCCUCCCGUCGACUACUACCGAUCGGAGGAAACGCAGCUUGCCCGAGGGCUCGCCUGAAGGGCCUGACGAGGGCCGUUCAUCAUCGGCUGCUACCGCCGCCGCCAAUGCCGCCGCUAAUCGGCGAAGAAGUCACAAAGUUAGUCGCGCAUGCGACUUUUGCAAAUCUAAGAAACUGAAAUGCUCCGGAACGAUACCCUGCGACGUCUGCACCCGGAAACGUCUCUCCUGCAUCUACGACGCUACCUAUCGACGGGGUAGACCGCCAACACCUCCCCCAGCCGGUAGUUCUAGCCACGAGACAUCUGAAGCUCGACUAGCCCCAUCAACUUCUUUAGAGGCCCCAAGACCACUUCCCUCUGCGGCGCCUUUUCCAUCCCUAGCUCCGCGUGAUCCCCCUCUUGCCCGCCAGGGUGCGGCUCGGCCGAGAAGCGUUGAUCUUGUGGCUGAGGAACCGGAAAUCGUAGGAGGUGGCCGCCGUAGCCUUCUGCCAGUCUCGCGAGCCUCGCCAGAAGUCGAGAUUGCCGAAAUCGAAGGGCAGUAUGUUGACACCACGUCAAGUCUAACGUUCCUACACCGAGCAUGGAAACGACUUUCGUCGCAGAAAUCCAACACCACCGAUGUUCCGGGAAACGUACCGAGCGGCACUGAGCAGCACCAGAGGUUGACGAGAGCAGGAGACAAGCCAUUCGAUUCGCAAUCUUUGGACGUUUCGACUCUCCCUGACCAGUCGGUCGGCUUGGACAUGCUGGACUUCUACUUUGAUGUCUGCGUGGUGACUUAUCGAUGCUUACACCAAGGCUACGUUGCCCAAUGGUUCGAGAUUUUGCUCGCAAAUGCAAAGAACAACCGCCCGCUACACCACGAAAUCGGCUACGCCAAAGCCUCCAUUGUAUUGACGAUUCUCGCCAUCGUCACCCUUCGGCAAAGCAAGGUCCGAGACGUCGGCGAAGAAGAGAGUGCUGACCUUCGACGUAGUGAUGCUCUGUUUUGUCAGGCUUUGAGUUUGACGGAUAUGGAGAUCGGGUUGCCGAAGCUAGAGUCCUCGCAGGCGCGCCUCUUACAGGUGCUGUAUCUCCUCCAGACAUCUCGGAUGAACCAAGCGUGGUACGUCUUCGGGAGUAUUCUUCCCAUCAUCUCAGCCCUGGGUCUGCAUCGGAAAUCCGGACGCAACAGGGCGAGUAGUGACAAGGACUACAUCCUGUCGCAGUGCCGGAAGAGGACUUUCUGGGUGGCAUACACCAUCGAUAAGUAUCUCUCUGUUGUAUUUGGCCGGCCGAGGAUGUAUCGCGAUGACGAUAUCGACCAGGACUUCCCCGACUGUGUCAACGAUGAGGACAUGACACCCCAAGGUAGAUCAAGUGACGAGCCAGAGAUGGACUGUCACGUUGAGAGCCUCAUCUUCCACGCUAAACUCGCUCAAAUCAUUGACGGUAUCUCUCGCGAGGUGUACUCGAUCAAACCUGUCCAUAAAGAUGAUCGUCUUAUGAUUGCGCAUCGAUACGGGAAGGCUCUACACCGGUGGCGCGAGUCUUUGCCACAUCAUUUGGGCACCGUUCGGCCCAUGUCUCUGAUUCCAUCAUUCAGAAGGCAGAAUACAGCCCUCAAGCUGGCAUAUUGCCAUGCCAUCAUGCACGCCAACCGCCCCUUUCUCCUUGGAACGGGUGGCCCAAGACAUGGUCAGCGAUCUCCCCUAGACGACAGCAUAGAUGAAUGCAUCACCGCAGCCAAGACCACGCUUGAGACGGUUGACGGCAUGGCUAGCGACGGAACCUUGUUCCACGCCUUCUGGUGGACACCAUACGUCACCUUUUGUGCACUCGCUGUGGUGUACGUUUAUGAGAUUCAAAGAGGGAGACAGGAUCCGGAAAGGGGGCUCUUUGAACUGGCGGAUCGCUGUCAGAAUCACUUGAUGAAAGCAACGUCUGCCGAGAGCCCCAGCCGCAGAUACUCUGUCAUUCUCGAAGAACUUCGACAGGAGGCCACUCCCCAUUCCGAAGGUCCUUCAGGCGACGAGAAGAAACCAACCAUUGAGCGUGCCGAUCAUGGAAGUGCGGAGCCGAUGCAAUUGGACGAGAGUUCGGGCGCUCCAGCACCGCCAGCCGAUAUGGGUGAGGUAUUCCAGCAACACGGGUUCGAAGGGAUGACGAACCUUCUGAGCGGUUGGGAGACGACGGAUUGGCUGGACUUGGACUCUUCGGUACACGAUUUCCUCCAGAAUUUUCAACUAGGGUGUUGAGCUGAUUGUCUUCAGGCCUUUGCUACGUUUCCCAACUUUGAAGGAUCGCCAGUCUACUGGAUGCCGGAUGUCCGAUGAUCGCGCAUCGAGUACGAGGUUCGUCCGGGUGACAAGGAUAUUGUAAUGGCGUAUCAUGUUUGAGAUACCAGGUAAUAAGAGCUAUUCGCUAUACAAAUUAGUUGUUAGACAGACAAAGCAUUCAGAUCGGGCGCGAGUUGUGAGGAGACAGGGAACAACGCACGCUCAAUCGGUAACACGGCAAGCCUGAGCCUCCGAAUCAACGAUCUGCCAGAAUUACCGGAAUAAUAAAUACUGCUUGUUCAUCC